AUGGCCGGCAAGAGUAAAGGGGCUAAAGGAGGGAAAGGAAUAGGAAAAUCAGGCGCCAAGCGUCACCGUAGAGUUCUUCGUGAUAACAUCCAAGGAAUCACUAAGCCAGCUAUCCGUCGUCUGGCCCGUCGUGGAGGAGUCAAGCGUAUCUCUGGAUUGGUCUACGAUGAGAUCCGAGAUGUCUUGAGGAUAUUUUUAGAGAACACGAUUCGUGACGCUGUCACCUACACCGACCACGCCAAAAGGAAGACUGUCACCGCCAUGGAUGUCGUCUACGCAUUGAAACGUCAAGGCCGUAUGAUCUACGGUUUCGGAGGUUAA